AUGUUGGAGAGAAUUUGUCAGCAAGCACGAACAAUACAUGGAGGUACUCAUGAGCGAAGAGGAAAAGGAUAUUGCAAGUCGAAGUUGAUGUCUCUACGAAGGAAACUAAUGCUAGCGUCAAGACAAAAGGGAGAAGGUGCUAGUUCAUUGAACUGUGACUUGACCUUGGCAAGUAAGUCAAGUCACAGUUCAAAAUUUUCAACUGUGUCAAAAAAGAAAGAACAGUUAGCGCUCGUUCAGUUGAAGAGAAGCCAACUACUGAAACAGCACGAACUCGAACGAAGAAUGACAGAGUUGAAUUUCGAGAAAGAAUAUCUGGAAGCCCGAAUGGAAGAGGAACGAGCAAUCGUAAGUUUGAAUGUUUAUGAGAAAGAAUCAGAUAACAAUACUGAGCAUGAAAAUGUUAACAAAAACACACUCUCAAUGAAUCAACAAGGGCAAGGAUUAUCACCCCUUUCACAACCAUAUGUACCACAAGAGCAAAUAGUACAAGGGACUAAUAUAUCUUCACCCCAAGUUUCUAAGGUAUAUUCACCCGAAAGGCAUGCUGAACAGUACAAUGUGCAAUUGCAACUGACACAGACAUACCCUCAACAAGAAAAACCGGUACAGUCAAUUAAUAUCCCUUCACGACAAGUUUCUGAGACAUAUUCACCCAAAAGGCAAGUCGAACAGUGUAAUAUGCCAUUGCAACCCACCCACACGUAUAUGCAGCACGAACAACCCCUACAGUCACCUAAUAUACCUUUAUCGCAGAUUCCUAGAACAUAUUUCCCCGAAGGGAAGGUCCAACAACCCGCAGUUAAAGAAAUAGAUACAGGGGAAGAGAUGGUGAGAGCACUGCGACAAGUCGUGUCUAUGCCAAAAAUUAAGUACAUGCACUUUGACGGUGAUGCAAUAAAUUAUGCUUCCUUCAUGCAUAAUUUUGAAACAUGCCUAGAAAAGGACAACCCUGAUAAUUCCAUUCGAUUGCAACUCUUGAUUCAACACUGCAAUAAUAAAGCCCGUGAUGCAAUUGAAAACUUACCACCACUGAAACAAGCCAAUGGAGCAAGUUUGCUGGAGUUUUCCAGGCACUUAGAGGUUGCAGAUAGAACGUUGACAAGUAUUGGGGCCUGA